AUGGUUCUCCUGAUUGACGAAUGUGCAAAAAUUCUAAAAUGCAGUGUUACCUCACUGCGUUAUCUGCUCAUCCACCCUUCAAAUAGAGAUAAAAUUUUGAAACAACUUAAAGGAAAGAAAUUAAAAACGACAUAUUUGGAUAAUAAUGGAAUGAGUAAAACUUUAUUUUUUGAUGAUUUGAGCCGACAAGGGGCAAACAACAUUCUCGCUUAUGGACGGCUUUCUUCGCCGUUUAAUAUUAAUGUUGCGGCACACUUUUAUGCUCGUCAUCGUAUUCGACUUAAUCAUCCUUAUCAUUUGUGUGUAAUUCAACGACAAACUCAUGAAGACCGUUACUAUCCUCUGGAAUUACUGGAAUUAGCCGAGGAUGAAUAUUUACAAGGAUGGAUGGCUAAUAUUUUUAUUGAUAAAACUACAAAAACUUCCUCUUCGGAAUCUGAAAAAGAUUUUGGAAUAACAACUCCAGUCCCACUAUCGGAUUAUGAUGAUAAUUUAUGCUAUGGAGGAAGAAAAUUCAGUCAAUCAGAAAGUGAUUUUGAUUGUAUGCAUGGAUGGUGA